UUCUCAUCCUCAUCGUCUUCACAGUCACUCCUUUUAUUUAUUGAUUUGUGAAGAGAAAUUAGGUUUAUUUUUAAUAAUUGAAUUCAUUGAAAGGGGAAAAUUGAAAAUCAGUCGGUGGAAUCGGGUUUCUUGUUGUGGAAUUUUGAGUGUUGGUAGCUAUGGGGAAGAAGAGGAAAUCGACAGCCACCAGCCUGGACGAGGUGGAUCGGACCAUGUACGCGUCGUUUUGCAGCGCUGCUAAUUCCCUCUCUCAGCUCUAUACCCAGGCUAUGAACCACCAGAAACUAUCCUUUAAUGCCGGCGAACGUCACGGCCUUGAAAAACUUUAUCAGUGGAUUUGGAGGCAACAAGAGGGAGGAUCGAGAGUCGCAACAGUCGAUAUACUCAAUUAUAUUCAGAAUGAGCUAGACUAUAGUGGAGAAGAGCCGCCAAUGUCCCCUCGAGCACCAUCACAACAUCAGAAUUCUCAACCAAUUCAGUUCUCAAAUUCCAGUUUCCUCGUUUCAUCAGGUUCAUCUGGCCUUACUGCUGGCCAAGGUGCUCGAUCUGAGCAGUGUGAUCAACAAUCAAAGAAUUCAGUAUUCUCAAAUGCUUUGUCAAGUCCUGUGCGGAGGAGUCUACAGAACUAUCAGAUUGCUCAAGGUGCUUAUUAUCCACCUAGUGGUCCUCCGUCAGGAAAUGGAACCCGCAGUAAUGAAGCCAACUUUCUGCAGCACCAGAACAGGGAUCCUAAUCCUGUAAGUUCAAAUGAUUCUUCAAUGGAUAUUUAAGGUAGCAGGUGAAGAAGCUUUGGGGUUAAAAGAAAUGGAGGUUUUGGCACAUGAAAAUGGGGACGUGACUUGAUACAAUUAAAGUGUGUGUAGGUGGGAGCAGCAUAACCUAUUAGUUAAAUCUUUUAUUUUCGUUUUGAAUGCUUAAUUAAGAUGGCUCUUUUGUGUCCUUGUAAAGCUUUGUUGAAUUGACUUUGCUACUUUUAUAUAAUCCUAAUAUUUGUUACAUUU